CUCCGCCGGUCCCAUUCACACCGCGCUGAUGUCCCCUCGCCUCCCCAGAUAGCACCUGCUCCCAGCUCCAGGAUGGUGUCCCGAAAGGCUGUGGCUGCUCUGCUUGUGGUGCACGUGGCUGCCAUGCUGGCCUCCCAGACAGAAGCCUUCGUUCCCAUCUUCACCCACAGCGAGCUCCAGAAGAUCCGGGAAAAGGAGCGCAACAAAGGUCAAAAGAAGUCCCUGGUUUUACAAAAGAGGUCUGAGGAAGUGGGGCCUCUGGACCUUGUGGAGCCCACAGAAGAAGAAGAAAACCAGGUUAUCAAGCUGACUGCUCCCGUGGAAAUUGGAAUGAAGAUGAACUCCAGGCAGCUGGAAAAGUACUGGGCUGCCCUGGAAGAGUUGCUGGGUGAGGCGCUGCUGUCCACCCAGAACGGAGGAGAGGAGGGGAGGAAGCGUUGGAGUGGGAAGAACCAGAGGUUAAAGGACUUGCCCCAAGCAGACAAGUGA